UUAGUUCAUAUUCAAAAUCAAAGCUAGGCAAGAGCUUUCCUGGUUCAAAAUUCUCAUUUCCUGACUGCAUCCAUGGACAUGGAAGACGACAUAGAGUUCCUCAUAAGCGCCCUUUCCAAGCCGCACUCAUCGCAGGCCCUGCCUUGUAGCGGGGAGAAGCGGCAGGAGAUGCGGGACGCGUUCGUUGCCCUGCAGCAGCUGCUCCGCAAUAAGCCAUUGCAGGUGCGCUCCAUUCCGCGCUCCACGGCAGGCGGAGAAGUGUCCACUCUGACCACUGACAGCGAGCUGGACAGCAUUGCCAUGGAGUGCAGCUCAACGGAACACGAAGCCAAAACAUCCGUCAGCCUCUCCAGCAGCGAAUCCUUGAAUCUGGAGUGCAAGGAAACAAAGUUUCAAAUGAUUCGACGCAGGGACAUGUUCAAUUCAACACUCUUCGCCCAGAGGCGGCACACCUCCACGGUGUCCCUGAAAUUGGUUUGCCACAGCUCCCCCCACAUUCCGAAUAGUGAUACCACGAUAACAGCCGAUGGCAUUCGGUACAGUCUCACAGAAUAGGCCACAGCCAGAAGUGACAAAUGGAAAUGUAUUCCGACACAUUUUCAGUACU